AUGACCGAUGCUUCAGACAAUUCACUUCAAGAACAAAAUGUCGAUUAUACUGUUGCAGAUGCGCCAGGCUAUUAUGAGCCUUCGGAGCAGCUCGCCCUCAAGGCGUUGACUAUAUUCUUCACACAAAUACGGCAUAUACCAGCGUUUUCCUUUCUGCAUCGUGCCUUGGUAAUGGACCAAUAUCGGAGCAAGAAUUUUAACAAAGCUCUUUUAUUAUCUCUCAUUGGCAUCGUUUCCGUCUACCACGACCUUGGCCCUGGGAUGGUGAAGUGGGGAGACGAAUUCAUUGCUAGAGCCGAAACUCUCAUUCUCCAAGAUUUGGAGAACCCCUCUGUUCCGAAUGUCCAAGCUUUGAUUUUCAUCAUCAAGCACCGAGCAUAUCGGCGUCGAUUCACCAGUGCAUUUUCUCUGACGGCCAUCGCUAUUCGCUCUGCCAUGGGUCUCAGGCUCAACUAUGACGACCCGAAAUUAGAUUUUCUGACUCAAGAGUGUUGUCGAAGGACAAUGUGGUCGUUGUAUCUCAUAGACAAUGUCAUGUCGGCGGGUUAUCAGGAAUUUACCUUGUCGUCACCAAGACUACUCCACAUCCAACUUCCGACCCACGAUACCAACUUCGACCUUGAUAUUCCCGAUCAGGGCGGUUACUUGGAACCAACACACUAUAGUCCUGGAGCUAAAUCACCCAGCACACUAAGCUUAGUCAUUCGCAUGAUGAAUAUCAACUAUCGCGUGCUGGAGUUCACCAAGCAAGCUGUUGCCUCUGACGUUGGAAAUUCUGAAUUUGGGUCUCAAGUCGACGUCUUUCAGCUAGAGCUCAACAACUAUCAAUCUCAACUACCGACCCAAUUCCAAUCAUCGACGCGUAACAUCCAAUUACACGCCCACUCUUCAAGUCUUUCGAGCUUCCUCUCAAUUCAUGUUCAUUGGCACAUGGCACACUGCAACAUAUACCGCCUUACCAUGGAGGGCCUUGUCGAGGCCUUACCUCAACCUACACUUACGGCAUUGGACCAAGAGUUCGUUAGGUCAUGCCAGAUACGAUGCUACGAGAGCGCCAUAGAACUGGCUAAAAUUCUACAAGCUGUGUUGACAGUGAAACCAGAUGGCGUUGCGCUUGACCUGGACAUCGCUGUUUCUGUUUACCAGUGUUUUCGCAUACUUGCCCACGCAAAUUAUACGCUAAAGAUUAUACCAGAAGAUAUGGCGGAAGGUGUGAAAGCAUACUGUCAAGUAUGCAUGGAUUUUCUUGAAAGCAUGUUCUUUGAAUGUGAAGCCACAACAGCUAUCAAAGAGGACGCGUAUGAACUAAUGGCAGCAAUAUCGAUGGUAAAUAGAUCUGAAAUGCCAAGAUUGACGAUACCCUCACCGGAAGGGCAUCCGGAUGUAACUCAAAAGCUGGAAACGCGUUACCACGUCUUUUCUCGACACAGUCUUGUUGGUCAAGUCAAAGUACCCAACAAGGACUCCAGUUUUGUUACCUCACCAUCAUUUGCAAAACGGGAUAGUAUUUAUAAGCAAGCAAGGUCGUUCUCGCCGAAUCUAUCACCCUACAGUGGGGAUAGUAUCACAGUUGAAAAUUCUGCUUCAUCUGGGGUGAACAUGGCAGGUUCUUUAUCCCAUGAGGCAUUUGACUUUAACAUGCUUGAGUUUAACCUUGACUCUUCUAUUUUGUUUAUGUAG